GGUGGCGCGCGUGCGCAGUGCACGCCCGAGGUAACGGCGGGAAGGCUGAGGGAUGCGCUUGCUGCAGCCGUGUAACCGCCCGUGCGCAAGACGGCAGCGCAAGGGGCGAGCGCGUCCUGGUCUGGAGGCGGCCCAGGCUGCCUUGGUGACUCUGGCUUCGCGGCCUCAUGGCUUGCGGCCGGUUCGCGCAACAGUCUGCGAACCACCAGGCGCCUCCCCGCCGGCUCGCGUCCGCCCCGGAGCCCCGUCCCUCGACCUGGCCCGCUAUGCCCGGCACACCGGCGUAGUCCGGCAUGGCGCAGCCCGGCGCGCGGUUCGGCCCCGCCAGGUGGUCACAGCGUUUCCUCGGAGGCCGGGUGGCUGGGGGCGCUUCGGAGAGUGGCCAGUUUCCAGAACAAAGGGGAUUUGGUGAUGGAGGCUUUGUUAGAAAGAAUGCAAAAUCGAGGGCAUGGUGGGGGAUUUUUGACAUCGUGUGAAGCAGAACUACAGGAGCUCAUGAAACAGAUUGACAUAAUGGUGGCUCAUAAAAAAUCUGAAUGGGAAGGACGGACACAUGCUCUAGAAACUUGCUUGAAAAUCCGUGAACAGGAACUUAAGACUCUUAGGGGUCAGUUGGAUGUGACACAUAAAGAGGUUGGAAUGUUGCAUCAGCAGGUAGAAGAACAUGAAAAAAUCAAGCAAGAGAUGACCAUGGAGUAUAAGCAGGAGUUGAAGAAACUACAUGAAGAAUUAGGCAUACUGAAGAGAAGCUACGAAAAGCUUCAGAAAAAGCAAAUGAGGGAAUUCAGAGGAAAUACCAAAAAUCACAGGGAAGAUCGGUCUGAAAUUGAGAGGUUAACUGCAAAAAUAGAGGAAUUCCGUCAGAAAUCGCUGGACUGGGAGAAGCAACGCUUGAUUUAUCAGCAACAGGUAUCUUCACUGGAGGCACAAAGGAAGGCUCUGGCUGAACAAUCAGAGAUAAUUCAGGCUCAGCUCGCCAAUCGGAAACAGAAAUUAGAGUCUGUGGAACUUUCCAGCCAAUCAGAAAUUCAACACUUAAGCAGUAAACUGGAGCGGGCCAAUGACACUAUCUGUGCCAAUGAGUUGGAAAUAGAGCGCCUCACCAUGAGGGUCAAUGACUUGGUUGGAACCAGUAUGACUGUCCUGCAGGAGCAGCAGCAAAAAGAAGAAAAAUUGAGGGAAUCUGAAAAACUAUUAGAGGCUCUGCAGGAAGAAAAGAGAGAAUUAAGGGCAGCUCUUCAGUCUCAAGAAAAUCUCAUCCAUGAGGGAAGAAUGCAAAAGGAGAAGUUACAAGAAAAAGUAAAGGCAACUGACACUCAACAUGCUGUAGAAGCUAUAAGUUUGGAAUCUGUGAGUGCAACAUGUAAACAGCUGAGUCAAGAACUAAUGGAAAAAUACGAAGAAUUAAAGAGGAUGGAAGCACAUAACAAUGAAUACAGAGCAGAGAUUAAGAAGUUGAAAGAACAGAUUUUACAGGGUGAACAAAGUUACAGUUCUGCACUAGAAGGAAUGAAGAUGGAAAUCUCCCAUCUAACUCAGGAGUUACAUCAGCGAGAUAUCUCUAUUGCUUCCACCAAAGGUUCUUCCUCAGACAUGGAAAAGCGACUCAAAGCAGAGAUUCAAAAGGCAGAAGAAAAAGCAGUAGAGCAUAAGGAGAUUUUGGAUCAGCUGGAGUCACUCAAAUUAGAAAAUCGUCAUCUUUCUGAAAUGGUGAUGAAAUUCGAAUUGGGUUUACAUGAGGCAAAAGAGAUUUCACUAGCAGAUCUCCAGGAGAAUUACAUUGAGGCAUUAAAUAAAUUAGUGUCUGAAAAUCAACAACUACAGAAAGAUUUGAUGAAUACCAAAUCUCAGCUGGAGAUUUCUACUCAGAUGUGCAAAAAACAAAAUGACAGGAUCUUUAAACCAACACACAGAAGAACAACUGAGUUCAAGAAUACAGAGUUCAAGCCAACCCAUGGCCAGCACAGACAUGAUGGAAUAAAGACUGAGCACUACAAAACAGGUCUUCAUUCUCCAAGAGGACAAGCGUCGGAUAGUAUAGACCCCAUGUCUAGGGUGCUAAGCCCCCUGAGUCCUCAAAUCAGCCCUUGCAGCUCCACCAGGUCUUUGACUUCCUACUCUCUGUGUAAAAGUCACUCUUUGCCUUCAGCGCUAGAUACAAAUGAAGCCAAUUUUUCUGACACUGUGUCUGAGAGUAUGAAUGACCAAGAAGAGUUUAUGUCUUCGUGUUCCUUGCCUGUUUCUCCCCUUGGUUCAAUAGCUACUAGAUUUUUGGAAGAGGAGGAACUGAGGUCUCAUCACAUUCUAGAGCGCUUGGAUGCCCAUAUUGAAGAACUAAAAAGAGAGAGUGAAAAGACAGUGAGACAAUUCACAGCCUUAAAGUAGCCUCUUAAAAAAUCACAAUCUUGGAAAUAAAAAUAAACACCAAAGAGUUACUGUCAUCUGAAGUAGCAGCUCUUUAAAAACAUGAAGAGAUAAAAUUAUAAAAAUGAUACAUCUAAAGCAGUGGUGAAGAAAGCUGAAAAACCAAUACUUUUGAUAGGCAUUUUCUCUGCACUAGUUUGUUUGAAGGACUUCCUCCAGUGAUAAGUUGUGAGAAUAAACCACUUUGCUAGACUUUUUUCUCAUACGAAUAUGUAUUAUCAUAAAGUGAUACUUAUCUUGCUGACUUAAAUGUGAAUAGCUGUGUACUAAUUGAAAGAAGGAUUUUAUGAUACAUGUUGAAAAUAAAGUAACUGCAGGAACUUUCUUUAAGGGAAAUGUGUAGAAGCAUGGAUUUAGGGGUCAAACUUACCUGGAUUGAUAGACUGGUUUUGCCAUCCAACUGGGCUGGUUAUUUACUAGGCUGGUAGCCCCUCUUAGCCAAGGGGCUGGUGGUGUGUAAAGUCAGGCUGGCAGUGAAUAAGCGGGGUAGGCUAAAGAACCUUAGCAAGCAGUCCUCUCUUGCUCAGCACUUAUGCAGAGGAGAGAGGCAGGGAGGGCAAGGGACUGGCUUUCGUGCGUGGUGCCCAUGGAAUAUCCAUUGGAAAUAAAUGUUCAGCGUCUGCACUGCUGAGGACAAGUUUAGAUGGGAGAUAAAGAUCUGGAUGUUGAUAUGCCAGAAGCAUUUGAAAUCAUGGGAGUUGAUAAGAUCCACCAGGGAGGCUGUGGAGAGAGAGGGGAGCAGGAGGCUGGGUUUGGGGCCCUGAAAGAUGCCAGCAUCUGAAAAUCACAGGAAAUAGAUCUAGCAAAGGAACUAGAUUGUGCAGUUACAGAUGAGACAGGUCAGUGUAGUGUACUUGCCACCUUAAGGGUAUGGCCCCUGUGAAUCCUCUUUCUCUAGUGGAUCUUUCCCAUUAGCAUAAAACAUCCUGUUAUUUCCCCUUUUUUAAAAAAAACUCAUUUUUUUAUACCUCUCUAUCUACUGCUCUGUAUGUUUAUUUGCUUCCCUUCACCCAAACACUUCUGAAAAGAGGUGUCUGCAGUGACUCUUUCCAGUUUCUCACCUCGCCCCACCGCAGUUCUCUUCCUAACCCUCUCCACCACCAUUUCCAUCCCCAGACUGCUUUCUUGCUCUUGAGUUCACCAGUGACCUAAUCACCGUCUGAGCAUCAUUCAGCACAGCUGGACUCUCUCUUGGCUUCUAAGACCUGGAACUUCUGGUUUCAUCUCUACCUCAUCCUCCACUCCAUCUCAUGGCUUUUCCUCUUCUAACCUGUAAGUCAGAGGGCCCCCUGGAGCUCUGUCAUGGGUUUUCUCCCUCAGCAUUCUCUUCCCUAGAAGUUUCCAUUCCAAUCUCAAGCUCUUAAUGCCACUUAUAGGCCAGUGACCCUUACAUUUAUUACUAAUCUUGACCUCUCCCGGAGCUGCUGUCUUAGAUACCUAGCUGCUUAUGCGAUGUCUUCACUUGGAUGUCUGACAAACAUCUUGUUUCCAAGAGAGAACUCUUUAUUCUCCCUCUUGCUAAGAUUCCAUAUCAGGACACAGCAUUAUGUUUGCCUGUUCCUAGGAGUUGCUGAUAAUUCCUUCCUUACCCACGUCUGCAUAUCCAGUCAUUUGGGAGGUCCUGAAUCUUCCCCCAGAAUCUUAUCUCAGACCCAACCAUUUCCCUCCUGCACUUCUACCACCUGAUCCAGACUACUUCUCUCUCACCCUGAUUCUGGCAGUAGCCUAACUGAUACUACUCACACCAAUAAUUCAGGGAACUUCUGGAGUUAUCCUUUAGAAAAGUAAAUGAAACAGUGUCACCACUGCUUCCCUUUAGACUCUUCCAAGGCUUCUCUUUUUUUUGACUGAGAUGGAGUUUCACUGUGUUGCCCAGGCUGCAGUACAAUGGCAGGAUCUCGGCUCACUGCAAUCUCUGCCUCCCGGGCUCAAGUGAUUCUCCUGCCUUAGCCUCCCGAGUAGCUGAGAUUACAGGUGCAUGCCACCAGGCCCAGCUAAUUUUUGUAUUUUUAGUAGGAACAGGGUUUCACGAUAUUGGUCAGGCUGGCCUCGAACUCCUGACCUCAAGUGAUCCACCUGCCUCAGCUUCCUAAGGUGCUGGGUUAUAGGCAUGAGCCACUGUGCCCAGUCCCAAGGCUUCUUACUCCACUCAGAAUAAAAUCCAAAUGAAUUAAUAUAGCCUACAGGGCCUCAAUAAUAUGGGCCUAAUCUCCCGUUGCAUCAUCCUUUACUGUGCUCCACCCAUGCUGUCCUCCUUUCUGUUUUUUGAGUACAACAAGCUUUAACCUCUUAGGGUCUUUGACUUGCAGUUUACCCUGAAUAUUCCCUUUCUCUUACCUCACCUGUGAUUGGCAUUUUCCCCUUGCAGGCCUGCACUCUGGCAUCUUCUCAUGAGCAAGCCUUCUUUGACUGCUGCCUCCCAAACCUGCUUCUCCCCAUUUCUCUAGCUCAUUGGCCUGCGUUAUUUCCUUCAUAGUGCCCACCACUAUCUGAAAUCAUUUCAUUACUUGAUUUAUGUUUGUAUUGUCUAUUUCUGCUGUUAGAAUUAAAACUCCUUGAGGGCAAGGACUUUGCUUAUCUGGUUCAUGGUGGGAUCCCCAUUACCCGGCACAAGCCCAGCACUUAGGAGAGGCUCAGCUAGUUCGAACCAAUGGAAAAUGCCAUUCCUGAGGUGCACCACAUCAUUUCUUUCGUGUUGGUGUGCAUGCUGUCCUUCAGUUUGCCUCCUCUUCCCAUACCCUGUCAUGUGCUCUUGAAACUCCCCAUUUACUUGGCUACUUUAUCUGGCUUGGCAAAGCUUUCCCCUAUAGCCUGACCCACAUCAGGGAACGUUUCUCCUCAUUGCUCUCACAGCACCCUGUGUGUGGCCGCGACCAGACUGUGCUAUCCUCUUUGAUUUCUAUCUCUCAGGGGCUAGGUCCUGCCUACAUCCUCAGUCAGCAUGCUGCCUAACACGUAACAUCCUAAGCAAAUACUGGGUGGAUGAAAAUCACUACUGUUCAAAUCUUCAUUGUAUUUAUCAGUAAAACCGAAAUAAUAUCUAAUGGCGUCGAGAACAUUUACUGAAAAUAUGUAUCUGAAAGGGCUUUGCAGAUUUUCUAAUAAUACUGUAGCUAUGUGCAUUGCUAUUAUAUUCAGGAGAUUUUUACUUUUAGACAGUCCCAAGCUUCAGCUUAAAAUCUGUAGACUGCAACCCGUUUCUGAGAUGUUUGUACUACGUGUUGACUAGGAGGAACAAUGACAGACUCUGUAGUCACGAGAAAUACUUAAGGAAUCAUGAGGUACUAUGUAUUUCCUUAAAUUUGUACUGUUUUUUAAAGCUGAAGUAUUUAGUAAUUAAUGGGUUAUCCAAAUUUGUCAGAAAAUUCAACUGUAAUUUAAUGUCUCACCUUCAUUUUUCAAAAAGAUAUAUUAAUACCAAAUAUUAAAAUGUGUCAAGACUAAA